UGUCGGUGCGGGGACACACGCGGGUCCAUGGUUAGCCAAUAGCGGGAGGGCUGGAGCUGGCUCACCCAGAGGGUCAGUGACCCCCCUCACACACACACACCCCCAGCACUCUCAGUGGGCAGGCGUCUAGCUCCCUCCCACCGCCAGGAUCUCGCUUCCUCUUUCCCGGAUCCUCCCAUUUCCAGCGGGAGGGACUGAUGUGGUCUGUGGAUCUCUGCUCGCUCUGCCUGGGCUCCUGACUGGGGGAAAGCUCAGCAACAUGCCGGCCAAAAGCCGCUACAACCUGGUGGACGACGGACACGACCUGCGGAUCCCGAUGCACAAUGAGGAGGCUUUUCAGCAUGGCAUCAGCUUCGAGGCCAAGUAUAUUGGAAGUUUGGAUGUCCAACGACCUAACAGCAGGGUUGAGAUUGUGGCGGCCAUGAGACGGAUCCGGUAUGAAUUUAAAGCAAAGAAUAUCAAGAAGAAGAAAGUAAGCAUCCUGGUGUCGGUGGAUGGUGUGAAAGUCACUCUAAGGAAGAAGAAGAGAAAAAAAAAUGACUGGGUGUGGGAUGAAAGCAAGAUGUUGGUUAUGCAAGAUCCUAUAUACAGGAUAUUCUAUGUGUCUCAUGACUCCCAGGAUCUGAAGAUAUUUAGUUAUAUUGCAAGGGAUGGGACCAGUAACAUCUUCCGCUGCAAUGUAUUUAAGUCCAAGAAAAAGAGUCAUGCAAUGCGUGUUGUGCGGACUGUGGGGCAAGCUUUUGAGGUUUGUCACAAGCUGAGCCUGCAGCACACUGAGCAGAAUGGGGAUGGGACAGAAGAUGCAGAGAGUGACAGAAGCACAGAUUCUGAAGGACAAGUGACACAAACUGUAGCCAGUGUGGUUCAGGCUGCUGAAGAGACUGAUAUUGAUGCACUGGAUAUUCCUUUGCCUGAGAGGGAGGAGCCAAGGAUUAACCGCGGAGUGACCGAUUUGGAUGCUGUACAUAAGGAGAAUGACAGCACUUUUGAGAACAAGGAGCAGGUCAUACCAGCUUCCCCCAAGAUGCUGCUUCCGUCCAGCAGUGAACUGCCCCCUGGGACCCCCCUAUCUCUUCAUCACCAAAUACAGCUUCUCCAACAGCAGCUGCAACAGCAGCAGCAGCAGACCCAGGUGGCAGUGGCUCAGGUCCAUUUGCUGAAAGACCAGUUGUCUGCUGAGGCUGCUGCCAGACUGGAAUCGCAAGCCAGGGUCCAUCAGUUACUCCUGCAGAACAAAGACAUGCUGCAGCAUAUCUCCCUGCUGGUCAGACAGGUUCAGGAACUGGAGUAUAAAUUGUCUGGACAAAGUGCCAUGGGAUCUCAGGACAGCCUCCUAGAGAUUACGUUCCGUUCAAAUGUUCUGCCGGUGCUUUGUGACCCUUCGACUCCUAGGCCAGAAGAUGUGCCCCCACUGACUGAUCCUGAUUCCUCUUUUCAAGUUUGCAGUCCGUUAGUUGAUCAAAGCAUGUUCAAGAACUCAAACGUAACUCAAGUGCCAAAGCUACAGCAGAGUCAUUCUCUCACCCAACUGACAAGACUCGCCAGCAGCACUAGCUCGGAACCUUCAGGGGUCAGUAUUCUUGUUGGCAGCACACAACACCUGAAGAACCUAGGCAAGGCAGUUGGAGCCAAGGUGAAUGACUUCCUUCGGAGGAAAGAUGCAGAUAAAGGAGACAUUGGGGUAACUGAAGUCAACAAGACGGUGGCUGCAGAAUGGUCCAGCAGUGACAGGACAUGCAGUGUUAACCUUGAAGAGGGACAAAUGUCCAAGAACCUAGAAAGUUUUCCUAGGCUUGAUCCUCCUCCACCCACUGUGAAAAAGCGAAUUCCUCGAGCUCUGAAAACCACCCAAGAUAUGAUGAUCUCACCCAACCCUAUAAUAAGCAGCCCAGAGAAGCCUGUUUGUGCCUCUGCUGAAGUGCCUAAAGAAACAUUCAGUGAAUCACGUGCUGAAGAGGAUAAAACAUUACAGCCCCACCACCAGCAAGAAACGGUGAUCAAUGGAAAAGAAGAUGGUGAGAUUAUGCAACCGACAGAGAAUUGUCAAAAUGGAAAUCAUUUGGAAGCCGCACUCUCUAUACCUGACCUCAUACACAAGGAAAAGUCAGAGAUAAGUCUAAAAGUAAUUUCCUCUAACCAUAUAGAAAGCAUCAGCAUGAAGAGCACUAUCAGCCAGGUUGAGCUGCUACAAGGGGAAUAUAAUAACACAGAUUUGGGUUUAUGGCCAAGAAACUCUGCCUUAGAUAUAGACAGUCCACACCCAGACCUCCUCUCCUUUGACUAGAGUUUAGGGUGGAUGUCUGUCCUAUCACUGGAACCACAAUUCACUUUUCUGCUGUACAGUACGUUGUUAAGUUACCUAUGUAUAUGCUCAUUGUGGGUGAAUCAUAUCACGGACUGUUCCCAUGAUGCCUUCCUUCUAACCUGCAGUAUAUAAUGCAAACACAUUGGUAUAGGAAAUUCUUAAAUCAUCUCUUAGGUGCCUUCCUUGUAUGCUUUGUAAAUAUAGUAUGUUCAGUUCUGUAAUUCCUUUAUUAUUGGGGGCUCUACCAAAGCCUUCAGCCAUCCAGCUUUUUUAUGUUAUAUCUCCCAUCAUCUGUAGCUAGUGGGAGUUGUAAUGGAAACACAACUGGAAGACCUUAGUUUUAACAUCCAUGGUUUUGUGAUACAUUUCAGGGUUUUUAGAUAAAGAAACCCUUUUUGACGUUCUGCCUUUUUUGUAAGCAAUGGCCACUCAAUGAAUUAGAACUUUUUAAUAUGUGUGUUAGUAUGUUUGCUAUCUGUUUAGUGCUAUGCAAGUGCCAUAAAAUGAGAGUGAAGGAAAGACAUCUCAGUUAGUAUAUAUUGUUAUAGGGAAAUCUGACAUUCAUUUCAUUUUCUGUUGUGUGGAAUGUUUCAGUGUGUCCCAGUGCCUUAUGUUCAUAGCAGUGGCAGUAGUAAGUAUUGUAAGCAAAUGGCUAUGCCUGAGCAAUGCUUGCAGCAGGUAUCUUUGAUGGGUAGAUAGUCCUGUGCUUCAAAUUAAAGGACAUGUCAACUCCCCUAACACAAAUUUUAUCUGAGAAACGCUUUUUAGCAUGAUUUACAUACCGACCACUGCAGUCCUUGACAAGUAAUCCGUUAAGAAGCACUGUUGGUUUUCUCUUCCGGCUGGUUUCCAGCACUGUCAGCCUCUCUCCCCCCUCCCUUAGGAAUGUGUGCUGUAAUUUGGCGAUACGAACAUGCGCAGUUCACAAAAAAAAUCUAGCACAUGCGCAGAUGACUGUGUUUAGCGUCGGCAAAAUAAUCAAGCUGCAUUAAGAGUGACCUCUGAAGACACGCCUGUGGCUUAGUUCAGCCAAUAGAUAAAAUAGUCUUUUGUUGUUGCUAUGGGCGCUGUAUUGUGCCGUUUUAACUCUCUGCUCCGCUGCUGCUAGCCCAUAUUUCAUCUGACUGCAGCGAGGAGAGCAAGGGAGCAGAGAGAUUAACUAUUGCACUGCCAAAAUCUAAGUAAGCUAUUUUUAAAAAAGGUCAGGAGGAUGGGGCUAUUGGCACAUGCGCAUUGAUAUCAGGAAGAGCGCAUACAGGAAAAAAUGGCCGCCGGGUUAGUCAGUGCGCAAUGGUUCAAAGAAUGCGACGGUGCAGGGAAACUGGAGCGCUUUUCAAAGCGCAACUAAUGCGGUUCACAUGGGGCUAAGGUAGGCUACACAGGGAUACUAAAAUAAAAAAGCGGCUUGACUUUUCCUUUAAAGGUUUGUUUAAUUCUGAAAAGGGCAAUAUUCAUAUAAGGACUAUUUUAACUAUUUGAUUUUUUUUAAACGUUUGUUAUCCAUCUUUUUUUCUAUGGGAAUUGGUAAAAUAUGAAUUUUAACUCAGAAAGAAUCCUAGGCGCUGUCUCUCCUUCAAAGAAAUGGUUUGUUAUAAAGUGAGCUGCACAAGUUGCUGGUGUGGGUUGGUUACCGUUGGCUGGUUGAAUGAGUUAAUUAUGGAUGUGUGCCACUGUUCUUUGCUUCUCAGAUCUUGGUCUGUCUUCUGUUCUCUUUUAAACAGAUGAGAUUUUAGCCAGCCCUCAUCUGUUAUUCAUGAUUAAUGAAUUGGUGGAUUAAAUGAAAUAUAAUAGGGAUGAGCGAAUUUGACCCGUUUGGUUUCACCAAAAAUUUGGCGCCGGCGAAUUGUCGCCUAUGCUCAUUAAAGCGUCAAAGAUUUUUUUGACGCACGACGCCAUACAAGUCUAUGGGCGUCAUUUCCAUGUCGUAACAAGCCGAAAAAAUUUUUUCGCAUCCCUAAAAUAAGGAUAAUCUCAACAUAUGUCUUGUUCUCCGGUCACAUGAGGAUUCUCACUUCUUGAGAGCAGGAGGCUUAAAAAAACUACAAUAUGUGGGUAGUGCAAACAAAACCUGCUCUUCCAGUCUCAGUGCUGUUAUUCUUAAUGAUGUGGCCUACACAGAGAAACUGAAAGUGACAAAAGAUAAUCUUGUUUUGUGGAAUUUCUGUCAUUUAAAACUUAGUCACUUGUUCGGUUCACAUGUCCAGUAUUUACAUUUUUGAUAAAAACGUUGCUUUGAGAGCUACUAAACCCCAUUCACCGAUAUCAGCCAUCAAACAGUAUUAAAGUGAGCAGGCUAUUGAAAUAUUAUAGAAAUACAAAUGGUAGCAGCAAGAAAUCCUUAAACUAAAUAGAAAAAUCCCUACUGCUUUAAAUAUGAUUUUGUGCACUGUUCCGUAGAAUUAGCAUUUAUAAAAGAAGAGUUAAAAGAAAGAUGUGUAUUUAUAAAUAUAGUAUAGGUUUACUAUAUAAUGGUCCAGUUAAACUUAUUGGCAGUGACUGUAUUUGCCUAGGGACCGUCUCUGCAUAUUUUGUUGAUGCUGAGCAUUCAGAUCCCCCCCCCUGCCUUUAUAACUGGCAGGUCUAUAUUAGGAAAAUGAAUCUGAUGAUUUCACAUGUUGAAUGGAAUGAUAAAAAGUAGAUUCAUAAGUCUGGCUAAUUCUAUGGAGACUUUUAUUUAGUCCGUUUUGUACGGUCUUCUA